GAAACGGAAAAGUACCAAAAAUUGUUUAGACAUCGCUGCAUGAGGCAUUUCUCAAGCUGCAGUGUGUUAAUAGUCUUGGUGAUGAAAUUAAAAAAAAUAAUAAAUAAUGGUUCACCAGCAUCAGUGCUGAAGUGUAAGGGAAAUUAAGAAUUGGGACUCUCCACAUGCUUUGUUAUUAAAAAAAUAUUUAAUUUGCAUUAGGAAAAAUGGUUACUCGUGAUCUGGAGGUGUUGAUUUUAGAUUAUUCUGGAUAUGAAAUGUCUGGAUUUUGGACUUUGUACUGUAUAUUUAGUGAAGGCAUGACAUGCAAGUUGAAGCUUUGCUUCGAAUAUUUGAAGUAAUAAUUUUUUUCAUGCUUUAUCAUAUUUUUAUUCCUCAUAGUUUUUGUGUCGCUGGGAAUAUGCAUAGCUGUAAAGCUGGGAGCUUAUUCAAACUGGAUGUUUUUUCAGUGUUUCAUUGCAAUCACCUUAUUUUAUUGUGCCCAUUGGCAGACGUAUAUUACUGGAUCUUUAAAAUUUGGAAAAUUUGAUGUAACUGAAUGUCAAUGUAGUAUUAUAGCUGUGCAUCUAAUAUCUGCUUGUUUUGGAACAGACAUAUGGAUGUAUAAGGUUCCACUUCUAAACAUUGAACUGCGAGUUUUGCCAAUCUUAAUGGCAUUUUUCAUUUCGCUUGUUUUAUGUUAUUAUCAUAUUGUUGUUGUAUGUAAAGGUGGCAUAGGAAAAAAUGGGUCAACUGUAGCAGGAACUAGCGUACUCUCGCCGUCUAUACCUAUCGGAAUUGUCAUAACUCUUGCUUUUAUGAUUUAUCAGAAGUCUACAGAAAACAUUUAUGAAAAUCAUCCUUGUCUGUACAUUUUGGCUUUUGGCAUAGUAGCUGCCAAAGUCACAAAUAAAUUAGUUGUUGCCCACAUGACCAGAAGUGAAUUAGAUUAUUUUGAUUCCAUCUUAAUAGGACCUGGCAUGCUGUUUUUUAAUCAAUACUUUAACACAUUUAUUAAUGAAUAUAUUGUUUUAUGGUUGUGUCUGGUGUAUUCAGUUGCAGAUUUACUUCACUAUUGUACAAUAGUCUGUAAUCAAAUUUGCAAUCAUAUGAACAUACAGUUAUUCAAAAUAACACCAAAAUUACAACCAGUUUACAAUAGUGUCACAACUGCCAACCAACAACAGAAAUUGACUGAUUGGAAGUUAAAAAAAUAAUUAAGUGUUUUUACAAGACAGAAAAUAAAAGACUAUUCAAAAUUAUUUUCUCAUUGUAAUAUGUGGUUACAAUUUAUAAAUAAUCUAUAUAAUUUUGCAUACACUGUACUUGCAUUUAAUCUAUUUAUUAUAAAUGUUUUCAAAAUGUAUUGUUUCCAAAUGUGAUGUAAGUCACUACUUUGAGAGAUAAUUUCCAAUUUUCACUUCCAGUAGCAGAUGUUUUUACUAUACAAAAUUAAGAUGUGUCAAAAAUGAAAAUUAAAAACUCCAUAAUGUGCCUGUUUAUACAAUUCCUGUAAUGGGCAUUUUUAGUGCAUCUCUCUUAUUUUAUAAUAUUAAAUCGUAAACUUUGUAUUGUAUUUUGUAUGCAAAAUAAUAAUAUAUUUUAUGAAUAUUUAUUAAAACUAUGUGAAUAUUAUAAUCCUAAAUAAAUAAUUCUGUUUUCAAUUAUAAUUAAUGAUUACUUGCUCGAUAGCUAAAAAGAUUGAUCUCAAUUAUAUCUAAGAAGGUGAAUAUUAUAUUACAGUGAAAUUUUUUAUGGAAGUUUUAAAUCCUGAAAAUAAAUUUAUCUUCUGACUUUUAAAUCAUGCUUCUACUGUAUGUAAAUUCAGCAUUAAAGAUGUGUUUAAAUAUUGUCACCCUUGGUACAUACAAAAUAAAAAAAAAUUCAUUUCCUUUUUGUAAUACUUUUGUGAUAAAAUGUUUGUCUUCAGCACUAAUGUUUUGAUUGCAUUUCCUAGUCUUGUAUAUGUGCAUUUGUUUGAAGAAUGAUAAUUUACAGUCAGAGUUAAGUAAUUUUCUUUUCAAAGUUUUAUUUAAUAUUGUUAUUAUCAUGUUUUAAAUAUUUUCGAGGGAGAAAAGCUUGCUUUAUUGACUUCUUAUAGUAAGCGAAGAAAGUUUUUACAGUAACUUACAGCAGAGAAAUUUUAUUUCACGAUAAGUAAAAUUUUACUUUUUGUGUAAUUAUUUAUAAUUUAAAGAAAUAUAAAACUAUUUUAAGAUUUCAUUUUAAAUAUAAUUAUUUUUAAUUUUGUGAAAUGUUGAUUGUAAGUUUCAUGCAGAAAUUAUUUCUGUUUGACAGUAACUGUAAUUAAAAUAUAUCAGAUUUUAACUAUAUUUUAAUACAAGAUUUUUUUUGAUUAAGAAAAAGAUUUUUGUUGUAAUAAUUUAAAUGCUCCAAGAAGUUUAUUAAAAAUACUUGAAAGAGCAGUUUCCCCUCUUUUUUUUUUUUUUUUUUCUCGUAGGAGGUUGAAGUAUUUUGGUUUUUUUUCCAGCUUACAAUUAUAGUUUUAAAUUCAUAUUCAGGUAUUGGAAAAAAAAUUACAGAAACUGUUAGUAUUAUUAUGUAGCAUGAAAUUUUUGUAUUGGAGCACAGCGUAUUUAAAAUUUAGUCGAUAUAGAUGUAUUUUUCCACAUGUUCUUAACGUACUAAAUUUGUAUUAAGUAAAAAAAAAAAAAAAAAAAAAAGGAGAUGGAAAUUAGGUAGUAUAUGUAGAAAAUACUUCCCAGAAAUAUACCCAAUAAAUUGAAAGAGGCAGGUGAGAAUGAUAUAAAUUACUGCCUUUCUUUUUAGAGCAUUGGAUAUGCCUUCAACGAAUAUUUGCACUAAUUUAGCUAAGAGAAGUAUGAUUUUUAGAACAGUUGUGAAGAACUUUGAUUUUCCUUCACAAAAUUCCUAUUUUAGCAUGAUGUUUCAAGUUGGCAUGAAUUUUUAGUUUUCUUACGUGUUAAACAGGAUAUAUGUGAAAGGAUGCUAAAUAAACUAUUUAUAAAGUAAAUGUGCCACAAAAUGUAUUUAUAGAUAUGUUUUUCUUUCAUAACUUAUAAAAAAUAGAAAAAAUAUACAUAAUGGAAAUUAUUGCCAUUGUCAAGAAGAAUAUUUUAUCGUAAAGUUUUUUCUUGCGACACUAAUUAAAGAGUUUUUCUGAAAUAAUUAAAAUGUGUUGUGAUCUUUUCUGAUUCAAUAUUUGUUACAGAAUAUGAUAAAAAUGACUAUUCAUUUUCAAUUUUUGAUUGAAAACUAAUAUGAGAAGAAUGUAUAUCUAUACCUAUAUAUUUACACUGAAAUUUGUUUGUUUUUAUGUAAAUUAUUUAUUUAUAAUUUUAUCAUUAAAUGUGUGCAUUUUAUUAGAAAAUCAUAUUAAAUGUUAGAAUUCAAAAUAAAAAGUUUACUUACUCAGGAAAAUUAAAAUACUCCUGUUUGUAUUUGAAAAUGCUACUAGAGGCUGUGAAAAAAAAAAAAAAAAAAAAAA